AUAAAAGUUAUCCUUGAGGUACAGAUAGUAUAAUUAGAAAUCUUUGUUACUCUUUGGUUUUUCCAAAUGUUUGGCCAUAGAAAUUCUUUCAUUUCCAAGCACUUUAAUAAGUUGUCACGAGAUAUCAGCUCUUGUCACCGCUCUGGUUUUAGCUUCCAAAUAUCAUUCGUGAACUACAGCUAAAAAAAUACCUUUUCUUUAAAUUUCUUCUCACGGGUUGUUUCUUUAAAUUUGUUCACGUAAAAGUAGCAAGCAACUUACUAUAAAACCCCCACACGUACCAAGACUAGUAAUCACCAGAACUAUACUAGAGUUUGCAAAAACCAAUUUUCCUUAUUUAUUUACAAUGUCAAAUUCCAGUAGAUUCGUGAUGUGGGUUGUUUUCGCUUUCAGUUUGUGGUGUUUAACAGCAUGUAAGGUGUACUCGCAGCCGAAUAACCAAGUUCAACAAGUGCCUGGCCUUUUCAUAUUUGGAGAUUCUUUAGUUGACAAUGGCAAUAAUAAUGGAAUACUAAGUCUUGCCAGGGCCAAUUACAUGCCUUACGGUAUUGAUUUCCCACAAGGCGCCACUGGCCGUUUCACCAAUGGACGUACUUUCGUCGAUAUUUUAGCUCAGUUAUUAGGCUUUCCGAACUACAUUCCGCCCUAUGCUAGGACAGGUGGCCGAGCAUUAUUUCAGGGAGCAAAUUAUGCAUCAGGAGCCUCUGGAAUCAGAGAUGAAACAGGAAACAACUUGGGGGAUCACAUGUCAAUGAACCAGCAGGUUGAUCACUUUGCCACCACGGUGCAGCAGUUGAGGAGGUACUUUAGAGGAGAUAACAUUAAUGCACUUGCCGCCUAUCUCAGCAAAUGCAUUUUCUACUGCGGAUUGGGAAGCAACGACUAUCUCAACAAUUAUUUCAUGACCGAUUACUACCCAACUAGUUCUCAAUACACCCCAAAGGCUUAUGCUGCUUCUCUCAUCCAGGAUUAUUCUAAGCAAUUAGCAGGAUUAUACAAGUUGGGAGCAAGAAAAGUGGUUGUGGCUGGGGUUGGACAAAUAGGUUGUAUACCGUACCAGCUGGCGCGAUAUAACGGUAACAGCAGCAACAGGUGCAAUGAGGAGAUCAACAGUGCUAUUGUCCUAUUCAACACAGGUCUCAAAAGAUUGGUGGAUCAAUUUAACAAACGGGGUCAGCUUCCAGGGGCAAAGUUUGUUUACCUGGAUUCAUUUGAGAGCAGCAAAGACCUUGUCCAAAAUGCCAAAACAUAUGGAUUUGAAGUGGCAGACAAGGGAUGUUGUGGGGUUGGAAGAAACAAUGGGCAGAUAACAUGCCUUCCUCUUCAAACUCCGUGUGAUAACCGUCAAAAGUACGUCUUCUGGGAUGCUUUUCAUCCCACAGAAGCUGCCAACAUCUUGUUUGCAAAGAAAGCUUAUAGUUCAAAGUCUAAAUCAUAUGCCUAUCCCAUUAACAUACAGCAACUGGUCAUGCUUUAGGAUUACUUGCCUAAGCUUCUUGGAGUAUUAGAUGACUUUGAAUAUCUCAUCAAACAUGCACUCUUGUCCCUGCAUUGAGACUAUUAUAUCUUUAAAUGUUCGCCUUCUUUUUUUUUGUAUUUCAUGUUUGUUCAAUUGGAUGGUUUUAUCCCCAUUUAGGAUUUUUUUUUUUUAGUGAAAUAAGGCAUCUGUUAAAGUAUAUGUUGUGUGGACUUAAUUUUCGAACAUGUACGUGGUGCAUUCUACUUCCCACUUUUAUUCAAGAGUGGUCCAAUUCUGUUCUGA